AUGUCCACCGAACGAUUUUCGACCAGGAGAACCAAAGCCACUUCUCUCUUAAAUAUCAAGGGACCGCCAAAUUCGAUCUCGACCAGAUCUCUCUCCAGCCGCCGAGUCGCCGGGGGAUCGAAGAAAAAUGUGGAGCGAUUACAUGAGAUCUUUGCCAAGGACGGGUGUCACCGCCUGGAUAUCCGAAACCACAUCACUGCUGUGGUCUCCCGCACAAACCUGCAGAGAGCCUGCCAGGCCACGGGACUGACUCUGGAAGAAUUAAAAUAUCGCCCCCAACAGUAUCCCCGCCUGUGCUUUCAUAGACCACAGGUACAAUGCCUUCAUGGACAAUAUCGAAUCAAAGCGGCCGAGGAUUUCCUGUCCCCCUCCGACCGGUGGUGGACGGUCGACCUCUAUUUGGAUGAUAUUAGCUCCGACCUCCGGAAUGCCCUCGUCGAUGAAUAUGCGAACGAGAAGCUCCCCACCGAUGGGGAGGUUUACCGGAAGAUCCGUCAAUACCAACACGAAAGCAACGCGCUCUUUCAAAAUCGCUGGUGGUCCCGGCUGUCGCCGAACAAAGCCAAGCGGUUACGGCGGCUCACGUCCCCGGACAAUAUCUACCUCUGCGCCGCGUUUGAUGUGUUGCUUGCGAUCCCGGGGCUCUGGAAUGGGAUGAGCCUGGGAUCCUUAAACACCGUGAUGGCGCUGAAGUGUGACAAAGAGGUGAUUCAUUACUUGAGACAUGUGAAGAAUUUCCGGGCGACGCUGGUCCACGAGGACCCUGCUCAGAUGGCCCGAAUCGACCUUCACACGGUGGACACGCUCCAACUGUACGCCCCUCGGGUGUCUACGGUGGAUCGGAAGAUCGUGAAAGGCAAAAUCCUCAGCGGCGAGGUGUUUUCGAACUUCAGCCGAUCCGAACGGGUCGCGAUCUGGGAGACGCUCCGGUCGCACGAGACGUGCGACGGCCUCAUCGCGUCCCUCCAUACCUUCUUCCGCGACCUCUCGUACCUGGAAGUCUGCGCCCAUGCCGUCAGACGGCUGGUUGCUUUGAACAAGCAGCAUCCCACCAUUCGACGCGCGCUGGUGCACAGCUUUCGACCCAGGGCGGCGGACACGGAUUGUCCGAUCCAGACGUCGGAAACCACGUUUCGCCGACAGGCGGGGUCUACCGACGAACGCCUGUCGUUCGCAUACCGCCAGAUCUGGAUGUAUGCGAUGCGGCAUUACCCGGACAUGGCCAAGCAUAUCCAGAGCGGCCAGGCUGCCAACGCGGCCCGGGCCAAGGCGCGCGCGAAGGCGAACGAGAGCGUGAUUCACAACAUGGCCACUCUGGCUCGGAUGACUGCCCGGGCGGCGCUGCUCCAAGCUCGGAAGCCCGACCACUACCACUAUGACCCGGACACCUUCGAGUCCCUGAUCGACCAGAUUGCCGGCUGUUUUGCUCUCGCGAUUCCGAACGAGGGUCCGCCAACGACGCUUCCCGCUGGCCGGGCGACGAAAUUGAAAGACCGUUGUGGAAUUCCUCCUGGGCAAGCUCAGCUGCUGGACCGCCCGCAUCUCUUCCUGGACCAGCUACGUUCGGCGGCGACGACGCAAAGGAACCCGUCGUCCCUGGGAGUGAGACGGAGCGUAUACUGCGCGUUUUUCGGGAAGCCUUCUUCCCAACAUCUAUGCCGUACACUCCGCCCGCCUGGUCACCAGCCAGCGAGCCUUCUUCGCCUUUGUUUGUUCCACGUGACGACACAUGCAGAACGGGAACCGUUUCCUGACGAUAUGUCGAUAAUUAGUCUGAGUGACGGUCCAUCCAUUCGCCAUCAGGGACGGUCGGAAGCUCGCGAAGAACAACUGGAAGGGCGACAGAACCCACGGCAAGGUCAAUCGCCUGCGUGGCGGCCGGCGGCCAUGCACAGUCAGUCUGGGGCCAGAGAACCUUCUCCGGCGAGCUCCGCAGGAAGGAGGUCUCAUCUCCCUGUGGGUGUGACUACCGACCAUGGGGAUAGCUCUGACGCGGACGAUCAGCCGGCCACCAGCGGAAAAGGAGAGGGUGCGGCGGGCGAGGAUGACUGCACGGAAAUCGACGAGAACGAGCUUUUGCACCGCGCGGAGGGUGAGGACCCUCGGCCAAGAGGCCUCCCUACCUACUUUGAUUCCUGGAACAUCCGUCGAAAGGGAUCUGUCGGAAGGAUUAGAAGAGAGUGCUGUUGGGGGACGACACCGGCACGAGCAGACCAGUACGACCGUCAUGCACAUCAAGAACAACCGUAUGAUCCUGCACAGAGAGGCAAUCGCUGUGCGGCCAGGACCGUUUCUCCAGAUGCCGACCGAGCUCCCAGCGGGAACUCCACCGACCCGGGCGCAAGCGCAGAGCACCGGCCCGGAUCAGAACCGUUACAAGCAAUCGAGGAACCGGCGGGUCUGGAACAGCCGACAGAAGAAGCACAUGCCCUAAACGAGGAUGGCACAGCAACUGGUGCGCCCCAGCGCGACUUUGCUGGAAAUGAUGCGCGACAGCUUGCCCAAACGGAGCAGCCCGAAUCGCGAAACCACGAAGGCGACGAACCCGCCUCUUCACAAAUACCACCGUCUGAUGGUGCAGAAGGAAUAAGCGGGGAGCAAGUGACACAGGGUAGAGAGUCAAUUGCCGAUCAGGUUGAAGAACUUCUCCGGGAAGAGCGACAUGCGCAGGAGCAAGCCGAUACACCGGCACAGCUAGGAGCAUCUCAAGCCCAUGCUGUCGCCCGCCGCGUCACCGAAAUUCCGGCGGAUUUGCCUAGUCUGAUCGCACAGUUGCGCGAAGGAAGCCAGCUUGAUGCAGGUGUACCUCUCGCCCAUGCAACAAGCGUUGCGCGCCCUGAAGACGAAGCCUCCCUCCGCCCCUUGCCCCUUGAGCCCAUCGCGCAGAGCACGGAAGAGGGACGGCUCGGAAGCGAUUUGGGCCAUACGAAUCUACCCCGAUCUCCCCGACGGGGUCCGAGGACCGGUCUGCAGCCACGUCAACCAGGAGCAGUCCGUAAACUGAGGAAGAAUCAGGCCACACCGACUCGAGAGAUCAAUCGGGCAAGUACUCGAGAUGCUGCCUUCGCUGAUGAGUUGUGGGGUAGCGAUGAGGGCGGCGACGAAGCGAGAGGGAUCACGGCCGAAACGACUGUGGUCUCUCCCCAGGAUGCUGAGCGAUGUCCCGCCGUUCUGCCCGAUCCAGAGCAGGCCCAACGGGAAGCCAUUGCAAGACAGGAGGGCGAAGGUCUCCUCUUUAAUACACCGCAUAUGAUGCAGGAGGCAGCGGACACGGAAAUGGAAGAUCUUGAAGAUCGUACUCCUGCGGCCGCUACCCGGCGCACCCGGAAGGUCACGAAACCGCCCAGGAUAGCCAAACCAAAGCAGGCUCAGCCAGGAGGAUCGUCCAAGGUGUCACGAGCCGGCACAGGGGUGAGGGAUGUGGCGCACCACGAAGCCAACGAUCCGGCUCCCCUUGCGGAGGGUGGUAUCAAUAGAGGUCCUGCUGGCAGUUCGUCACCAGAAGGGCGAGUGACGAUCACCGUUCGCGCCUACCAGCGAGGAGAAUGGAUAGUGACGGACGCGGUCUCUAUGGAUUCCCUUAAUCCAGUGAAGGCGCAGGCGAUCGCCGAGCGUGGCCGUGGACCAGUGUUCCGCGCGGCGAUCGACGACGGCAGUUUCACGGUCCUCAUGAGCUUGGGAAGAGGUCUCGCGGUGACGCGGGGGCUGGUGGCCUCCGUGACCCAAUUGCGCGAGAAUGUGGGAAUGGCUGGGCCAGCGACUGAAGACGAGGAGUUGUAG